AUGGACUGGCCAAGACUCAUAGACUCCAAAUUGCAGAGGGUAGAGAUAGUGGUAUGUGAAACGGUGACGGCGAGAGAGCGCCACUCGGCCGGGUGGUCUAAGACGUACCUUCAUCGCCCGGCUUGGUACGCAGCAGCAAACCGCACGACCGAAGACCUGUUGGAUUGGUUUCAACUAUACAAGCGGGCCGAAGUCAUAACGCUGAACGCCAUCAACAUCACGGACAGAGGCAACGUACACGUGCACGAACCAGUCUAUCUACCGUCCUUGAAAAGACUGGACUUACGAGGCCCGGCCGUUACGAACAUGUUCGAGUUCGCAUCGAUGCUGAGUCCUGCGCCGUCGUGCGCGUUGACCGUACUUUCAGCCAUCGACGGGAUGUUCAUCCCGCCCACAGACGCGCUGAAAUGCAGUGGCCUUAAUGGCACAACCGCUCUCGACAUGAUAGUCGAAGCCAGCAUCGGCGUGCGAUGGACAACGGUCUGCGAAAGUCACUCACGAGACGACAGACGGCCGGCGUUCGCGGACGGAGAGGAAAUAUCGGAGCUGACUGGUGAAGACGAAGGGAAAGCAUCAUUUUACGUGCGCCCGGGCGCGGUGUCCAGGCGGCAGCUGACCGUAACACCACAAGACCACGACCCGCUCCUCGCUUUCGCGCAGGAUUCCAUACAACGCUUGGUAAUAAGAGAAAUAGGACGCAUGCACAGAGGAGUACGAACGUGGAUAACGGACGCCUUCGACUUCGAUUUCCUGACGAACUUGACACACGUUACAACGGUGGAGUUUGAAGACGAGCGCGUAUCCGCCAUGGCGCUCAAAAGCGUCACAAGCCCGCUCUUGGAGAGUGUCGCCUUUACCUGCCGACCGGACUGGAGAGGACCAAGCGGCCUUAGCUCUUUCGCAGAGAACGUCGUGAGCGCAGCCAAAAUACAGCGCAAACAGCUUCACGUAACGAUCUAUGGUGCUGUCCGCUGGUGGGACGAAGGGGCCAUAGAAGACCUCGAGACAUCAAGGCAUAUCAAGUUCAAAGACGCGCGCGAGACAUGGCUGGGUAUAGAAGCAAAGAGGCAGGAGGAUCCGAUACGUAGAGAUUUACAACGCGCUCGGAGAGAACUAGAGGAAGCGAAGGCGAGAGUGGACGAGCUCGAGGCGGAUGCACACUUAAAUCCGGGACUGUAUUAG